AUGGAGUACACUAACCUCUGGUCGCUUGUGGGGGCUCAUAGUGGCUCGUGGUCGCUGUUGGUGGUUGGUGGUGGCUCGUGGUUGCUCGUGGUGGCUCCUGAUGCAUUUGGAUUACUAGAUUUGAGAUUGACGUCAACCACGUCUUCUUGCUUUGCUGAAGAUAGUGUUUCCAUGCCGGGCAAGGCGGCCGCAAUUUUCCGGAAUAGUGCCUGCAAAGAUUAUUUGUCAACUAAUGCAAGACAAUUUUUUUCUUUUAAAAGACAAUUAUUCAAGUUGGAAGAGUUAAUUAUGGUGGGGUUCGAUCGUGCUGGGGCAAGAAGUUAUGGAAGUUGCGGGUUAGGUUCCCGGGAUAUACACACACACACAGAUGUAUGCAUGGUGGGUGAGUUGAGCAUGCAGGUGGAAAGUGACUAUACACCUGAGGUUUCAAUGGAGGGAGGGGUAGACCAAAAUGGAGAUUAUGGAGAAAAUGCAGUGGCAACAGCAAGCAGCCCCAUGGUGGUGAUGCACGGAGGUGGGAUGCCAUGGCAGCAGAGUUGA